GGGCCGGUGGCCGCUGGCAGCGCUGCCGGGUGUAUUUCUGGAGCGCGCUCCGCUCUUUCCAAUCAUGUGAUGGGGACAUUAUUUAAGGCGGCCGCGGGGCCGCGGCAGCUGCAGGCGGUGCCUCGCUCGCAGCCGGCCGGACCCCCCGAGCCCCCUCGCCAUGGUGGACGCCUUCGUGGGCACCUGGAAGCUGGUGGACACCCAGAAUUUCGAUGAGUACAUGAAGGCGCUGGGCGUGGGCUUCGCCACGCGGCAGGUGGCCGGCUUCACCAAGCCCACCACCAUCAUCGAGCUGAACGGCGACAAGGUCACCGUGAAGACCCAGAGCACCUUCAAGAACACCGAGAUCACCUUCAAGCUCGGCGAGGAGUUCGACGAGACCACGGCGGACGACAGGCACGUCAAGUCCUUGGUCAAACUGGAUGGAGGCAAACUCGUCCACGUGCAGAAGUGGGACGGGAAGGAAACAUCGCUGGUCCGGGAGCUGAAGGAUGGGAAAUUAGUUCUGACUCUCACCAUGGGCAACGUCGUCUCCACCCGCACCUACGAGAAGGAGACAUAGACGCUGUCGCAGGUGCCCUGCCUGUCACCCGGUGCCACAUCGUCCCCCCCUCCUGGCCCCGUGCCAGGCACGGCUUCCCGCGGGCUCGGAGCCCCAGCGGGGCCGCCCCUGCCCCGCCCGGCGCCUGCAGGGGCUCCAGGGGCUCGGGUGGUGCUUUCGUGGUUCGUUGUUGGGUUCUUUUUUAAUUGAUAGUGGGAAAAGUCACAUGGAAAAAUAAUAAAGGUGUUGUUACAG